AUGUUUCGUGAAAUUCGUUACUAUCUAAAGUUUGCAACUCAACGAAUCGUGCAAUGCUUUGGCAUUACUAAACAUCCCGAAUCUGGCGAUUAUGCAAUAAUGCUGACUCACACCGGAGAAACUCUAAGCAGUUACAUAAAAAGCAAUAAGUCAUUAAAUUUUAAAAGGAGAAUGAUUUUACUCAAUUGUAUAGCAAGCGGGUUAAAUUCGAUUCACGAACGAGGAUUAGUACAUCGCGAUUUUCAUGAUCGCAAUAUACUAAUUGCAAAUCACCAAAGCGGCGGCAUUUAUCCUUACAUUAUUGAUUUAGGUUUGUGUCGAAAAGAAGAUGAAAAAGAUAGGAACGAAUACUAUGGAUUACCUUGUUAUCUUCCUUUUGAACACUUUGAGUAUGGUCAAUACAAAAGACCUUCUGAUGUUUAUGCCUUUGUAAUUAACGAUAAAUGGCUAAAGUUCAAAGAAGAUACUAAUCUGCCGUCGUUGCUAGUGGAAUUAAUUAAAUUGUGUUGUGAUCGUAAUCCCUUGAAUCGUCCUUCAACUAAGUUCUUAGAAAAUAUCACAGAAAGGUGGUCAAAGGAUGUUGGAUUUUAUGGAGAAAAAUAUGUUAAUAAAACGUCUAAAUUUUAUAAACAAUAUGAAGAAAUGGAGAAAAAAGAGAAUAAAAAUUACAAUUAUUAA